UUUUUUGCGCUUUGUUCAUUUCGUUUGUGUUUUUGGAAGAAGUCGCCGGUCGCUUCGCUCGCUUUGCUCAGUAUUUCGAAAGAUAAAUAACUAAAGUUCAUAAAUAUUAAGCACGUGUAACUAAACUAGCCAUGGAAUAUAGCAAGGUGUCCCCACAGCCGCCGCCGUACUCACCUGAGCAGCCGGGCAUGAGGGCAGCUCCCAGUGCACCACCAAGCGAAAUGAUUCAUACAGCACCGAUGUAUAACCCGCCGGUCACCGUGGUAAACCAUGCCCCACCGAUCACCGUAUUGAACCAAACUAGCACGGUUCUUAUCGAUAACUACUCGGGCAAUGGCAUGAUAUGUCCACAUUGCCAUGAUCGCAUUCGCAUGCGUGUUGAGCACCAUGCAACAUGCACCACAUAUAUGUGUUCCGCUAUACUCUGUCUCUUUUUCUGCUGGCCCUGCGUCUGCUUGCCCUGCUGCUGCGAUUGCGGCUAUAAAACCAGCCAAUACUGCCCGAACUGUAAGGCCUGCCUGGGCAGAUUCUAAAACGACAGGAAACUGCGGAGCCAAUAAGCAGAUAUACAACUCUAACCACAAAAGCACAUAUAUAUAUAUUAUAUACAUUCAGAUAUAUUCCAUAUAUGCGCACUCUAACAGAGAACAUGUAAUACGUGACGUACAUUUGAUUUAUAAAAAGGGGAGAUAAGGUCGCGGCUCUUGAAAUGAAACCCUUGCUUAAAGCAACCAACAGAAGCAAGCUUUUAUAAACAAUUCGUUUCAAUAGUUAAAUAAAAUAGAUAAACAUAAGUUUUUUAAAGUAAACACAAAUUUACCCUGUCAAUAUACGGACUCGUGUAUAAACAUAACUAUGCAUUUAUUAUUUUUCUGAAAAAAUACAACAUAUAUUUAACGACACCACAA